AUGAACAAAGCCCAAGCGGCCGAGCUGGGGAACCUGGACCGGAACCAGAACUGGGGUGAACCCAUAUCAGGAAGAUAUAUGUCCUCAUAUCCCAGGCCUGGACCAGAAGAAGUGGAAUAUUACCAGUCAGAGGCUGAAGGGCUCCUGGAAUGCCACAAAUGCAGAUACCUAUGCACCGGGAGAGGUGUGGUGCAGAUAGUGGAGGUGAUCCUCAAUGUGAUGGUUCUCAUAUGUAUCGUGGCCUCCUACUUUGUGCUCGCAGGAUUCAGCGCCAGCUUUGCCAGCGGUGGUGGCUUUGGGAACAACUAUUACUCACCAUUUGAGGGCACAGAGCUGGAGCAGGUUCGGCAGCUGGACCAACAGUACACAGUCCUCCGGUCACCUCUGAUAUAUGGUGGUGUGGCUGUGUCUUUGGGUCUGGGGGUCCUCACCAUGAGUGUUUUACUCCAAGGAGCCAAGAAUCUAGCAAAACUGCCGAGGAAGUGGCUCCUCACAGAGGCUACCUUCAGCCUCCUGGCCUCAGUGGGCUACUGCGUAGGCAUCGGUGUUUACCUCCACGUGGCUUUGCAGAUCAAUGCCACAGACACUUGCAAAACAAGAGAGAGGCUCUACGCCCGCAAAGGCCUCACCUGGAUGAACUGCCAGCUGGCUGGCACUGAUGGUGCAGCAGCUACCUUUGCUUGUCUUCUGGUGAUUAUGUAUGGUGCCAGCGUGGUGCUGGCCUUGAGAAGCUACCGAGAACAGAAGCUCUACAAAGACAGCCAAGAACAGCAUAGAAAUUACAGUGACACACCAGAAUACCUGUGGUCUGGGACACUCUAAGGAGAUCUAAAAAUGUAUCGGCUCAUCCCCAUCAUUUCCUUCAAAAAGACAGGUUCUUUGCAAGCACACAGUGGACCACUUUGGGUUUCACAUAAUUGAUUUUUUUUAAGUGCUCUCUUUGCUUUGUUACCUAUGGAGAAUUAAGUGAUUGUCUCAUUUUUCUCUUGGAAAAGAUCAGUAAGUCGUUGUUGGCCAACUCAAUGAGAGCUUGAAAAAACUAUAACCAUCUUUAAUGCAAAGAGCAACAGUAGCCUAGGUUCACCCUAUUGUAGGGCUCUCCUGACCUGUAACAAUUGAAGUAGCUAGUUAACCUUAGAAAUUCUAAAAGUGAGACCUAUACAUCAGAGGGUAGCAGAUCCAGUGUUAUGGUAGAAAUGUUACCCAUCUUCACUAUCUAUAAUGUCAUA